AUGGCUUCUUUUUCCUUCCUGGAUGUAUGGACCUGGAUUCAAAACCUUCCACCAAUCACUCAAUGGAAAUCGAAUUCCAUGUCCAUAUGCGUAUGUUCUUCAAGGUCUUCCCGGGCUCAUCUAAAACUAUCGAUAACCAAAUCUCUCCAGUCAUCUGUCUCCCUCUCAAUUCUUGCAGAUUAUAAUGUUCCCGUCAACCUUUGGACCUCUAAACCUUUCAAACUGAAGUCUACAUUACAAGACAAGGAAACCGUCUCAAAUCUCUUGCUUAACUUCAUUGAAGAUAUCCUUGGCUACUCUCCAAAUAGAUGCCCCUCGUUGCUGAAGCUCCCUUCAAUAGAUUCGAGUCUCAACUUGAAAGACAUCUUCAACUUCUCGUUUCUCUCCCUGACUUUCCUCAUUUGCAUCUAUGAAGCCCCUUCCGAUAUCCGCUCUGAGUGUCUUAGUACUCUGAAAAAUCAGUUCUCAUGCCCGCGAUCAAGAGAAGUAUCAAGAAUGCUCAUGAGAGUCUUAGGAUCAAACGUAGAAGAGCAAUGGAUGCGUUCCAUAAACCUUGCGAUUACAAAUUGGAUUGUUGAACUCCAAGCAUCGAGUCAUAGCCUAAAAGCUCCCUCCCCCCUGUAUUCUUGCUCAAAUUCAGCGUUUGGUUUGUGGAAAGUUCAGUUGUACUGUCCUAUAAUAGCCAUGGAUGUCGAAACCACUAGCAAUCCUUCACCGGAUGAUCGCUUACUUUUCUCUCUCAACUAUCAUCAACUUGAGGCCGUGAUUCAACUGAAUUACAGCGUUAUAGUUAGGGAGAAGUGGAUUGAAGUGUUGGUGAACACAGACAAUAUAAGGUGUGAUGUUAUCAGGGUGGUUAACGAAGCACUGAUGAACGAAAGGGGAGCUGGAACAGCUGAAAAGCACUUUCCUUCACGGAUAUCGCUGCAUAUUACUCCAACCGUGCAGACAAACAUCAUAAGCAUAUCGGUAAGCAAAUCCUCUGAGAAUCCCACAAGAGAAAUUGGCCUAGAAAGGGCCAUCGAAGCUUCAUUGGAACCAACAAAUCCUUUUGUUGGUAUCAAUUUUUCGGCAGGAGAAACGAUGACAAUGAGCUUGCGACCAUGGAAAUUCGAGCAGUCCGUCUACGGCAAUAGUGCAAUCCUCAACUGGUUUCUCCAUGAUAGUGCUGAUGGUAAAGAGGUUUUCUCUUCAAAGCCUUCCAAGUUUGCGUUACUUCAGCCCAAGGCUUGGUUCAAGAACCGCUAUGCCACUGCUUAUCGGCCAUUUAACAAGGAUGGAGGGGUUAUUUUUGCUGGUGACGAGUAUGGAGAUAAAGUGUGCUGGAAAGUGGACAGAGGUGCCAUGGGGAAAUUGAUGGAAUGGGAGAUCAGAGGAUGGAUUUGGUUAACUUAUUGGCCUAAUAAACAUAGAACACUUUACUCGGAGACACGGAGGGCAGAGUUUAGAGAAGUCCUUAAUCUUAUGCUUGCUUGACUAGACGAAACGGGGUGAUUGCUGUGCGUGUGUAGCCAACCAGCUUACUGAUUCUACGAUUGUUCCAGAAAUGUAGCCGUGCGUAUGCUUCAACAGCUUGCUCGUUUGAUCGGCCUGUUAACUUUUGUUAUUUAUGGAAUAUACAACAAUAGUUUGAACUCGCAAUGGAGAAGGAAAAAUGACAAGAAUCAACAUGUAAUGAAAUGGCAAAUUAUGUGAUAGUAUUGUACUAUAGCAUGAACUCUUUUUUUUUUUUCCUUCUUAUUCAUGCCUUAUAAGGUAUGCGAUAGAUGCAAAAAUUAAAAUAAACAGUCGAGGAAUAUUUUCUUAUGUA